AUGGGCACUCGCAGCGGCCCCGAUUCCACGCGCUGCGAUCAUGGGGCACCCACCACCUCGGGAAGGGACCGCGACGCCUGGGGUGGCUGGCUGUGGUGGCCUGCUGUGGUCGUGUCCGCCCCUGUGGCCGCCGCAGUCGUGUUCUGGGUGUCCAGAAUGACGUACAAGCACUUUGUUCCCUACGAGUACCAGUACCGACCGGGGACGAUCAGCGGGUGGGUGGCGAAGAAGCUGCAGCGCCACGCGAGCCGCAGGCGGAAGAGGCAGCCCAUCAGGGUGUACCUGGAUGGGUGCUUUGACAUGAUGCACUACGGACACGCGAAUGCACUUCGACAGGCGAAGGUUCUUGGGGAUGAACUUGUUGUGGGGCUCAUACCUGAUAGCGAAGUGGAGCGGUGCAAGGGAAGCAAACCAGUACUGUGUGACGAUGAACGAUACUUGCUUGUGGACGCUGUCAAAUGGGUGGACGAGGUGUUGACAGGUGUUCCGUAUGACCUCUCACCUGAGUUCACACAGGAGCUUUUUACAAAGCACAGAAUAGACUACAUUGUGCAUGGAGAUGACCCUUGUUUGCUUCCAGACGGCACCGAUGCAUACGCUUAUGCGAAGAAGUUGAGACGUUUCAGGAUGAUCAAGAGGACUGAAGGUGUCAGUACCACAGAUAUUGUGGGUCGCAUGCUCACUUGCACUCGUGUGAACAAGUUCGUACAAGUGGAUCCUUCGCACAGGGAGAUUGCGCGUCAGUUCAGUGAGGGCAGUGACAUGGAGGGUAUACCAUUGGAGGGCCAAGGAGAUGCUUUCAGGAAACCUCAGAAGAUUGGCGUUUCUCAUUUCAUGCCAACAUCAAGGAGAAUAGUGCAGUUCUCUGAAGGCCGUGUGGCAAAGCCAAAUGCAAAAAUUGUGUACAUUGAUGGGGCGUUCGACGUCUUCCAUGCGGGCCAUGUUACAAUAUUGAAGGAGGCAAAGGCAUUGGGAGACUUCUUGUUGGUCGGUCUUCACGGGGACGAGUGCAUAAUGGAGCGCAGGGGACCGCAUAUGCCAAUCAUGAAUUUGCACGAGCGGAGCCUCAGUGUUCUGGCUUGCAAAUUUGUGGAUGAGGUCAUCAUUGGGGUGCCACCCAACAUAACUGAAGAUCUGAUUCGGACCUUCAACAUUUCCCUUGUGGUUCGUGGGACUCUCAGUGAGACGUCUGAUCUGGGACCAGUGGAGGAGGGCAGAUACGACGUAGCCACGGCAAAGGGAAUAUACAGGGAGAUCAAAAGCCCUAACAACACGACCACUGGCUCCAUUAUUCGGCGCAUUGUUGAAAACAACAAGAUGUACGAAGCCCGAAAUGCAAAGAAGAUCAUGCAAGGGGUUGACAAUAGAAACAAGGAUUCGAUGCCACAUCGAUAA